AUGGUUGGCGUAACUACUGUCCAAGAACAAGAAUUCGACGCCUUAUGGCUGGUGUUGAAGAACGAGAUCAAGCAGUUCCUGAAAGAGAACAACAUGACCUGUGAGGUACUCGAGCGUCUCGACUGGUCCCUUGACACAAAUACACUCUCUGGCCGCCGCUCGCGUGGCCGCCAGGUUUGCAAUUCUGCACGGGUUCUGGCCGGAUCCUCCACUCCCAUCAGGAAGCAACAGGAGCUGGAGCUGAACACUCUGGGAUGGCUCGUCCAGCUCCAGAGUUCCUAUGUCUUCCUGUGCGACGAUAUCAUUGACGGCUCGCUCCUCCGCCGGGGCCAGCCCACUUGGUGGAGCCGUCCAGAGAUUGGCAAGACUGCUGUCAAUGAUGCAUUCUUGAUCAACUUCUGCAUAUACUUCCUACUUAAGAAGCACUUUAAGCAUCAUCCUGCUUAUACCUCCCUCUUUGAGCUGUUCCAGAAUAGCAGCUUCCUGACAGAGGCCGGACAGGCCGGCGAUCAUCUCGUCGGUGGCAACCCCGGCAACUUUGACCAGUUUACGAUGGAAAACUAUGAGCGGGUCAUCAAGGGCAAGACAGGCCACUAUAUCUGUUUGCCAGUUCUGGUGGCCUUGACUUAUCUGAAAAUGGACACGCCGAAGAACAUGGGUCAAUCGUGUGACACCUUGAUGGCCAUCUCCUAUUUCUUGCAGGUGCAGGAUGACUACCUAGAUGUUUUUGGUGAUCCAGCUGUGACUGGGAAGAUCGGCACGGACAUCCAGGAGAAUAAAUGCUCCUGGUUGAUUGUGCAGGCUUUGGAACGCUGCACCCCGGAGCAGCGAAAGGUGCUGCAGCGCUGCUAUGGACAGCCCGAUGACAAUCUGGCCGAGGAAGUCAAGCAGACCUUCAGAGGCCUGAAACUGGACCAGGUGUACAAGGAGUACGAGGAGAAGGCGCUGGUCGACUUAUCCAAGCAUAUUAAUUCCAUUGACGAGAGUGAAGGCUUGAAGAAGGAAGUCUUCUUGAUGUUUGGUGUCAAUCAUACCAACUACAAAAGCCAGUUUGAUGCUGUGGCGUCCAACUAG